GAGUCCAUUUUUAGAUAAGAAUUAUUUUGAAAGGAUUCAAAUAUUUUACUGGGAUAUUAUGCGAAACAGUAAUUUAUGUACCUAACUUCAUAGCAUUACGACUAUUAUAGCCUAAAAUUGAGGUUAAGUUAUAAUAUAAAAAUUUUAAAUAUCAAUGUAGUCAAAAGUCUUCUAAUAAACCUUUGGUAAGAACUCUAAAAUAUAACUAAUGAAAUAAAUACUUACGUCUAAAACGAAGUUGAAAGGAUUAUGGUUUUUUAGAUUUUCUCUUGCAUUUAGAGACAAUAAUUAUAAAGUGACAUUCACCAUUGCGCUGAUGCAAGAAACAGAUAACCUAUAAAAAUCUCUGAGUUUCUGGAGUGUCUGACUACUUGGAUUUUUUUACAUCAAUAUGUCCUUUUCGUAAAAAUUUUUCUAUCAAAUGAUUGUAUAGAGUAUUGAAGUAAUGAUUUUAAGGUGAAAUAUCGGUCAUUUAAAAAAAUGAAUAAAACCAAAACAAAAAAAAAUAAAGUUGAAAAGUGUCCUUCAACUCUAAAUGAUGAUUUGGUUAAAGACGUAUCAAACAAGUGUAUUUUAAACGAAAAACCACCAGAAUUAAAAAAUGGGCUGAUCAAUGGAUUAUCUAAUGUAAAUGAUGCGACUGGGUGCAAAAAAAAUAAUAGAAGAAAGAGAAAUAAGCAGAAAAUAGAUACAAUAGACAAUAGAGAAAAGGAACAGAAUUGCGUUAUUAAACAAAAGGAAGACCAAAGUACAUUAGAAGAAAUUUCCAGUGAAAUUGUAAAUAAUGUAGAUAGUAAAAUUGACCCUAUUACGACUCUAGAUUCAAAUGAAAAUAUCUCUUGUGAUAAACCUAAACUAAAACUGCAGGUGGUGAAUGCAACAAAUGCUCAACCAAGUUCCAGUGAGGUUGAUAUCGGAAUAUUAGAUAGUUUAAAAAUUGUUAGUUUAGAAGACAAAAAGGAUGAUGCGCAGUUGACGGAUAAUCAUUCUCUAACAAUCAAACCAAAAAUAGAUUUUAUACAGUAUGAAUCUGAACAACAGAUGCCAAUGAUCAUGAAAAUCAUACAGAAGGACCUUUCGGAACCAUAUUCUAUAUACACUUACAGAUAUUUCAUACACAAUUGGCCUAAACUUUGUUUCCUGGCGAUGUGUGAAGAUGAAUGUGUAGGAGCCAUAGUAUGUAAGUUAGAUUUGCAUCGUAAAGUGAUUAGAAGAGGUUACAUUGCUAUGUUGGCAGUAGAUCAAAAGUACCGUAAACUCAGAAUCGGUUCAAACUUAGUACAGAUGGCUAUUAACGAAAUGUUAUUGGGCGACGCCGAUGAAGUUGUUUUAGAAACGGAAGUUACCAAUAAACCUGCUCUACAGCUAUAUGAAAAAUUGGGUUUUGUCCGGGAUAAACGACUCUUCAGAUAUUACCUAAACGGAGUGGAUGCUUUGAGGCUUAAAUUGUGGUUGAGAUGAGUAUCAAUCGAAUAUGAUCAAACAUGUCAUUAUUGAAUAGUAUGAAUUUUGUAAGAGACUAUGUUUUGUUAGAAUUUAGAAAGUGGUGAAGUAGUUGGAGGUUCGCAAAUUUUAUUAUUGUUGAUGUUUAUUUAUAUUCAAAUUGUUUUCUUUAUUUUUUAAGAAGAUACCAAAAGUUGUCGAGCAUAACGGGGCAAGAGUAAAAAUUUUUCAUGAUUAUAUUAAAUUAAAAAAUGUUGAUUUCAAAAUAUUAUUUUAGGAUCUAAAAGUUUUGUUGUUGAUAUGUAGUUUAAUAAUUCGGAAAUGUUAUGGACACAUCUUUGUUUCACUUUGUGUCUAGUGUCGCGAAUUUUGUGGUAGAUAAUGUUCACUUAUGGGAAGGUGGUCUAAUUUGGAUCAAUUUUAUAAUAUUCGCUAAAUAAAAGUUCGAAAUAAGUGUCAAUAACAAUUAAUUAGUAGAAAAGAAACUCACUAAAUGUACUAAUAAAACCGUUUAGUGCCA